ACAUGUUUGUCAAUAUUUAGCUUCUUGCUCACAUUGGCAAUAGGCGAGUGCCUUUUAUGCUUAACCGGUUCUACUGGUUUGCCAGUGGGGUUCGUAUUUGAUGAGUGCGUGUGCUUGGACUGCUGGCUGUGUGUGUGUUGGAAGAGCAACAACAUCGAGUUGAGAGAGAGCGCGCACUGGGCAAGAGCUCGAUUGGAGUGAUGCUCUGGCACUUGGUGCGGCAGCGGUGCACGGUUGUGGAUUAUUCUGACAGCGACUGUCGUAGAGUGAACACCUUAAUCGCGCGAACAGAGUUGUAUCAAAAUAAGAACAGAAGCGAACUUUGUAAUAGACAUGCUUCUGACUCGAGCGCUUUCGUGGAUUACAAAAUACUGUGUGCGACUGUAAUUAUCCGCCUAAAAAGACAUGUGUUUACAGUAGCAGCCCGUUAUGUUGCAGCUACAUUAAAAAGUAAAUCAAACAGUGUGAAGUGUUGAAACUAUCAAACGAAAAAGUGAGAUAAAAUCUGUUCUAAUAAAACCUAAUUGGCUCACAUUGGCCAAUAGCAGUGAUAAAAAAAAAAACAAAAAAAAAACAAUUGCUUUUAAACUGUGCCUAUAAAUAAUUUGGAAUUGAUCGCGACUUCGAACCACCAACUGCUAAGUUUGGGUUCUCCAGUAGCCGCGAAAAAACGUUUAUAUAUGACUAAAAUGAUUCCGCCGCUGCCCACCUCAGCCGUUCUAAUGCCUACGCCAAAGCAGAAGAUCGGCUUUAGCAUCGAAUCGAUUGUGGGCAAUAAUUCAGCAGUGUCGCCGACCCAAAGUGCCGUCGGCAGCAAUGAGCUUUCUGGCGAGCAACUAAAUGUUGCAAACACGACAAGUGCCCGUAGUGCACCCAGCUCCCCACCUCAAACCCCACCCGCAACAUCUCACACAUCUGCCGUCGCACAUGGCCCGGGCGCGUCAGUUUUGUCAGCUCUGCCGCUAACGCCGCACUCACACCCACACGGUAUUCAUACACACUUGCCUCAACAUUUGUCGCCCGCUCAGCAACACGCCCUUCAGCAACAUCUACUGCUCCAACAUCACCAACAGCAGCAACAACAACACCAACAGCAACAGCAAAUAUCGCCCAACAGUAGUGCACCCAUGCGGCAGGAUAUUCAAGAUAUUAUUCAGCGCCUGCAUAGCUCAGCAGCCGCUGCCGCCGCUGCCAAUUUGAGCAUACAUUCUGCUAGCCCUUACAGUCCUUCGCCACUAGCACAAACCCGUCUCUCAUCGCCUGAAGAUGCGCCUGCUGUUCCACAUAUGUUGCACCUUAAACGUGAACGUUCACCAUUGCCGCCGGCCGGUGAACAAGCUCAACAUCCCGCCCAACGUCACCAGCCUAACCAGCAACACCCUCAACCACCGCACACACCACCCAAAUCGGUCUCACCCUCGUCAUCACAUCCCUCAUCUCCGCCCGCUAUGCUGCCUGGAAGUCCUGCUGCGUUGCCCACAGCUACACAACAAGUUCCGCCACAACUGACAACGCCGCAAUACUCGAAACCAUCAACUGCGCUGGGUUCAGGCCCAGGCCCUAUGCUUAUGCCUGGAAUGCCGCAUGCUCCCGGUUUGGUGCGACCGUUUCCAGUCAUUGGGCCUAGUGGUAUUGUACCGCCUCCACAGCAAGGUAUGCCCGAUAUAAAGGCGCUGCCGCCAUAUAUCAAUGCACCGCCGCCAGAAUUACCUCCUCAGCAUAAUCCACACUUAAUCGCCGCCGCACAAUUUCAAAUGGCCGCCGCCCUCCAGGCUGGCCACGUUUUGGGUGGAGGCUUACCUCCACAUGCUGCGCCAUUCAUGACUAGCCCCGGCAUGCCGCGCGACAGCUAUCCACUGUAUCCUUGGCUAUUGAGCCGACAUGGUCGCAUAUUUCCACACCGAUUUCCAGGAAAUUUCUUGCUCCAGCCGUUCCGUAAACCAAAACGCAUACGCACCGCAUUCUCGCCCUCGCAGCUCCUGAAGCUCGAACACGCGUUCGAAAGCAACCAAUAUGUCGUUGGCGCUGAACGCAAGGCGCUCGCCCAGUCCCUCAAUCUCUCCGAGACACAAGUGAAAGUGUGGUUCCAGAAUCGCCGCACCAAACAUAAGCGCAUGCAACAAGAGGACGACAAAGGCGACGGCUCACAUUCCGAUCGCAGCCGCAAUGCAGCCAGCUGCGAUGAGGAUGACGAUGAUGAGCUAAUCGACAUGGAAAUGGACGAUUGCCCAAGCGACGAGGAGCACGAGCUCGACACGAGCCAUUGAAAAAUAUUUGGCUUUCGAUCGGAAAUAAAUAGCGAAACGAGUGUAAAUAGCUGGAGCUCACAAGAGCUACGAGUAGAAUGCAUGGAUAUGAGAGUUCCUUAAUUUAUUAUCAGAAGAAUCAUGAAUUAUUUUGUGUGUGAGUGUAUGUGUGCGUCAGGCAAGGUGUAACGCGGCAAACGCCUUGCGGGCAAACGACGAAAACUAUGUGAUAUAAACUUAAAUUGUAUGAUUAUAGGCAAAUGAUGAAACUUAAUUAAGGGCGGUAAAUAACAGGUAUAUAGUAAAUACUUAUAGUUAGUGCAAAGUGUUUGUAGAAACUAAAUGUCGUUUUUAAGAAACCCAACAAGCGAAUGUACAUAUGUAUGUGUAUGUAUUCAAUUACUUCAAGUAUGAAUAAGGCUCACCAGUGAACUAAUAAUAGAAUCAAGUUAAAAUUAUGAUUAGUGCGACGGUAGCUAUCUUCUCUGGGACGUGCCAAAUUUAUGAGAGAUGCCAGAUUUUUAUUUGGCAGGUGAAUCGUUCGAAAUAUUCCCAUCAAAAUGAUCGAUCUCUCAAAUGAAACAAAAAUGUACUUACUUACUGUUUAUGUACUUCUUAAGGGGCGGAGCGUUAUUAUACUUGAAAACUUUAUUUAUUUUAUUAUUUUUUAUUUGUUUUCGAUUUCCACAACAAAAGUCUUAGUUGGUAUUGUAUUUAAGUGUAGAAAACAGCAGUUUGUAUAUUAUUAUAUAGUUUUAAGUACGGUAAUUGAAAAUGCAGAGAGAAAAGAGUUAAAAAAUAAAAAUCUAAACAACUAGAAAAUCAGAAAAUAUUAUAAAA